UUAUAUUGACUGCUAAAUAUGGUACUUUAAUCUGUUUGAUCUGGGGACUGUGUCGUAGUAUCCUCCCGAUAAAAUAAAUAGUUUUUUCUUUCCAGACCAAGUUCCAUAUUUGUGAAAUGAUUAACUAUAAAUACCAAUGUUACAAGAGAUACUCAAAGUAGUGUUCGCUAUGGAUGAAUAUAUAAGUUUUUAAAAGUAGCUGCCAUAACAUGAUUUGGCAGCGAAGCUAGCUAAACUAGCCAACCUUGAACCAGGAAAUGAAUUGCCAGCAGUACCUAGAAGCGAGAGAUUACUAGGUACUUAAAUUCCCAGAAGUAUUUAGAUUUGCGGUCUUCAUCGGUUAAGAUCAGGCUUCAUCUCUCAUAAGAGGCUUCCGUGAUCGGUUUGCCUGCACUGCGUGACAGGACUAGCCGGCUGGUCUUUACAUUUUAUACUGAUAAAUGAUCUUAAAAUCAUUAAAAGUAACCUGUGAGGAUCUGUGUUUUGAAUCGGAUCUCUGGCCUAUUAGCGGACUGAGGAUCCCCGAGGUUGGGUGACCUCCUUGCCCCUCGCCCAGUUCCUUUUUGCCUUUACCAUCUGUGGAAAUUGAGGUGGUUGAUGAGUUGUGGUUUGGAUAGAUAAGAGGUCUUAAAGACUAAAUAUGUAUAUGUGUCGUCUUUGUGGUGUCUAGAUUUAGUUCAUUUUGUCUAUUUUUGGUCUCCAAAGGCAUUGGCCCAGUGUUGGUGGGUAGUAACACAAGCAAAAUUUAACCUUAGUUGGCUUCCUAGAAUUUGACAAAUGGCCAAUCAGAAUUUUACUCAUUAGUCUUUGUGCCAUUGUAGUACAUUUAAAAAAAAAAAAAUUCACACAUAGGAGGAUUUACUCAUAACUCUUGACAUCACAGUAACUCCUUUGUAUCCAGGAUAGGGGCGGACUAUCACUACUGGUGUCAAAAUUCACGAUAAAUACAUCUGCACCCUUAACCUCAACGCACAAGUCUGCUAGCCUGAACAACAACCUAGCAAAUGCACAUAACAUAAAAAGUCUAUCAGUUUUUAAACACAGCACUCUACCGUACACUUUGUCAACUUGCUCUGUCAUUUCCGAUCUAGACGUUCUUAUAUAGUAUACAGAUCAUCGAGAUUAUGCCCCUGUAUGUACAAAGUUACUACUGCACUGCUGGAUGUGCAAUGUUUUUGAUCUGUUCUUAAAAACGCAAAAUGAAGUUUAAAAAUUUCUGUGAGAAACGGGAGAUUCCACGGUCACAACGAUAGCUAACACGUGAAUGAAGCCGGUUCCCGAGACAAAGACGUCAAAGUCAGGACUUGUUAAAGACCCCGUGGUGCUGGCUGUAGCACCAUGGCUCAGACGCUGCAGAUGGCCAUCCCCAACUUUGGCAACAACGUCUUGGAGUGUCUGAAUGAGCAGCGGCUGCAGGGGCUCUACUGCGACGUGUCCGUGGUGGUGAAGGGCCACGCCUUCAAGGCCCACCGAGCCGUGCUGGCCGCCAGCAGCUCCUACUUCCGGGACCUCUUCAACACGGGCAGCAAGAGCUCCGUGGUGGAGCUGCCGUCGGCCGUCCAGCCGCAGAGCUUCCAGCAGAUCCUGUCCUUCUGCUACACGGGCCGGCUCAGCAUGAACGUGGGCGACCAAUUUCUGCUCAUGUACACCGCCGGCUUCCUGCAGAUCCAGCAGAUCAUGGAGAAGGGCACCGAGUUCUUCCUUAAGGUCAGCUCCCCCAGCUGCGACUCGCAGGGCCUGCAGGCUGAGGAAGCCCCGCCCUCUGAGCCCCAGAGUCCCGUCACGCAGCCGUCUGCGGGGGCGGGGCCUGGCGGGGCGGCGGCCAGUUCCGCCGGUCGACCCGCAUCCUGCCUCACGCCGCUUCCGCUGGUGUCCCGUGUCAAGUUGGAGCAGCAAGAGGCCUCCUCCUACUCUGUGGUCUGCACCCCUGUGGCCAAGCGCCUCUGGGAGGGCAGUAGCCGGGAGGCCGGCGGAGGAGGCUCGGGCGGGGGCGGCGGCGGCAGUGGGGGCAGCGGCGGGAUGAGGAAGGUCGCCCGCUUCUCUCAGGAAGCGGUACGAGGCGGGGCGGCGCAGGCGGGAGCCAUGGCUGCAGGCGGGACAGGAAGUCACGGUGCCGCUGCCAAUGGCAGCAGCAACAACAACAACGCCACCUCCGAGGGUACCAGCCCGGGCACUCUGAGCGCCUACACCAGCGACUCCCCCAACUCCUACCACGAUGAAGAGGAGGAUGAAGAGGUCUUGGAGGAUGGCACUGAGGAGCAGUACCGUCAGAUCUGCAACAUGUACACCAUGUACAGCAUGCUUAACGUGGGGGCUACAGCCGGGGAGCGUGUGGACGCCCUCCCCGACCACAUGACUUCUGACACCAGGAACAGGAUGCGUGUCAGGCAGGAUCUGGCCUCUCUGCCUGCUGAGCUCAUCAGUCAGAUUGGAAACCGCUGCCACCCCAAGCUGUACGAGGAGGGCGACCCCGCGGAGAAGCUGGAGCUGGUCUCAGGCACCAGUGUAUUCAUCACCCGAGCCCAGCUCAUGAACUGUCACGUCAGUGCGGGGACCCGUCACAAAGUACUCCUCAGAAGGCUGCUAGCCUCGUUCUUCGACCGAAACACUCUGGCAAACAGCUGCGGUACAGGAAUCCGCUCCUCCACCAACGACCCCAGCCGCAAGCCGAGGGUGCUGCAUGCCGUGAAAUUCUACUGCCAGAACUUUGCCACCAGCUUCAAAGAGAGCGAGAUGAACGCCAUCGCGGCCGACAUGUGCACCAACGCCCGGCGCGUCGUCCGCAAGAGCUGGAUCCCCAAGCUGAAGCUGCUGAUGGCCGAGGGCGACGCCUACUCCGGCUUCCUGUCCGACACCGGCAAGAUGGAGGCCGACCCGCUGGGCGCCGAGCACGCUUUCGAGGCAUCCGGGCUGGAGGCAGGGGCCUCGGGUGAGGUGGGGGCCCCCGGCGACUCCCUGCCUGGGGUGGGCGCGGAUGCCGGCUCUCUCUUUUAGUUAGUUGUGCCCCCGCCUGUGCCCCACUCUUACUGACACCCACCUGCCCCCCAAGCCAAGCUGCUCGCGUGAGGCUCCAUUCAGCUUAAGGAGAAGGUGCACUUGGGGGGGAGGGAGUAUGUGUGUCUUUUUUUUUUUUUUUUUUUCCUUUUGCCCAUUUGGAACAAGAUAUUAACCCCCCCCCACCCCACAGCACAUGCUGCUUAAGUGCCCAUGGCACAUGUCCCGCCUCUUCUCCAUAUCAGCCAAUCACAUUCCUUAGGCCGGGGACAUGGGCGGGGAGGGUCGAGGCGAGGAGCUGAAAAUCUGAUAACACUGUCCCGAGUUUGAAUGUAGUCCAAAGGCCUUGGAUUGUUUCAUCCGAAAAAAUUGACACAAUCUACACUACUAGAGGCCCCCGAGGGCCCCUGGGCGUCCCGGCAGUGUAUGGAGGGUGGAUUAAUUUGUACCUGUAACUUAAAGGCCCCUUUUCCCUCCUCCCUGUGCCCCUGAACUCUUACUCUCAUGUUCUGACCAGAAAAUUGUCCUUUUUUUUUUUUUUUUUUUUCUUUACGCUUCUGCUUAUUUUUGUGUAUUUAACAUGCCAAGGAUCCAGAGAGAGAGAGAGAGAGAGAGAAACGAUCGUAGGGGUAAAUCUGUCAUUUUUAAGAGAUGUUAAUCUCCCAUGUGUAUGGGGAGCUAGAAAGGGAUUGUUUUAAAAUCUCGUUGUUUUUUUUUUUCUUUUUUCUUUUUCUCAGACUGAAUUGUUGAUUGAAACGUUUUUCCUGAUAAAGGUUUUAAGGAGAUUUCUACAUGCGAGUAUUUUUGCAGUGGCGGGUAGCAGGACUUUGUUCCGUCUGUCCGUCCGUGAAUUCGGGUGAGGGGAGUGGAACUCUUUGGUACGUUAUUGGAAAGAGGAGAAGGUAUGGCUGGUUUGUGUCCUUACGAAGUGCCCUUCGUUUUCGUGCUCCGUGUGGCUGAAGGCCCCGCUGGCCUGAGGGACGUGUGAAAAGACAGUGCCCCCCCCCCCCAAGAAUCCCAGCCCUGGGUAACCAAGGUGACCAUGCUGAGCAUUUUGGUGGCGCCUGCUAGACGGGGCUCGGGGCUGGAGACGUACUGAAGACUGAGAGUCCAGCUCGUUCUUUACUAGACUCUGUGGGUGUGGCUGGCAUGGCCUCUGCCUUUCCCCUUGGGGCCUGUAGGGGGCGUCUGUCUGUCUGUCUGUGCAGUGGAGAGUCCUAGACUCAGCCUGCUGGUUUGUUUGCAGCUUUUGUAAACUAAACAUCUGAGUCAAACCCUUCUUUCUGCUUUUUAUUGUACAUGUGUGCGCGUGUGUGAUACGCCUGCUUGCGUCGCAGGAGACGGGCACGGCAGGCGAGAUCCUGCGAUGGCUGGCCAAGGCUGACCGUUCUAAAUGCACCUUCUUAGGCAAAGUGGUCCGAAUUUCACGCCGGUCGCUGUCGCUCUUGCGCCGCGAGGCCCGACGCGGCUGGCGCUCUUGUGAUGUUCAGUGAAGGGAUCUUUCCAGACCGUGCCGAUACCGCGUCCUUCCGCUUCGCUGGUCAAGCCGCGUAUGGUCCCCGGAUUGGGUCUCUCACCGACUCUGCUACUGACUUGCUGGGGGAUGUGUGAGGAGGGCGCCUCACUGUGGUCGCUGCCCCCGAGGCGGCCCUCUAGCUGUUAGGAGAAUCUGUGUAGAACUUUUUUUUUAUUUUAAUUUUUUUUAGCGGAUAUACUGUAGAAUUAGCUUGUUACAAAUACUACUAAUUCAAGAUUGAGCAGUUGCCAAUUUGUGUAAAGAUAAGGACAAAAACCUUUUUUUUUUGAUGAUGAUCUAUGUUUUGACUGAAGUGCUUGGUAGGGAUGUAACACGAGAUGCUGCAGGUUCUCCUGCACCGUAGCGAAUAAAUUGGUGAGAUUUCCAAAGCAGUUCUCGUUUUUCUUACCUUGGGUCUGAUUUGAAAGCAGCCUUACUUACUUAAUGACUGUUGGGUACAGCUGACAUUUGUCUCACUGGGAAUGUAUCUGUACAUGAUGGGGUUCUGGUGUCUUGUGUAAAUGGAUUAGGUUAGAAAUUUGUAGCUCCUCUCUGAUGGCUUGAGAUGCUGGUGUAGUGCCAACCCUGACCACCAGGAGGAAGCAAAUUCCUUACAUAGCAACAAUUGCAUUUUCAUUCCACCAGGGGGAUGGACUCUGCCCUGAAGGAACUGUUCUGGGGGGGUGAGACAGCAGAAAGGAUUUGGGACUUUGUGACAAGGAUAAGCUAUGUUAAAAUCCAAAAACGCAUUUAAAAGAAGAAUAACUUAAGAUUGUAUGGGGGAGGAGAUGUAGCCGCCUGUCCAAAUUGAGGGACGAUUCUCGUUGUCAGUUUCCACCCUCCAUGAUGAAAGAGAAAAAAUAUAAACAAGCACCUUUGGGUGGCGCUCUUGGCCCCGUGGCUGGAUAUGGGCACCACAGCACCUUCUGUUUGCUUUUUCUGUCUGUGGGGGUGGCACUGAGGGGAGUUUGUCCAGGGAUUGAUGUCUGUCUUUUGUGUUUAUUCUCAUUUUUAAAAUCCCCCCCCCCCCCCCCCAAUUUUUAAACCCUUCCCCAGGCAGGCUCUGGGAGGAGGAAUUGAUGAGGCAUGUGAUUUCUGUUCCCGAAGGGGUGGAGGAUUGUGGGAACGGAGAUGGGGGUCUGUGACUGUACCAGUGAUGGAGAGAUGGCACCAAUAGAUUGUGUGUGUGGUUUGGGGGUGGCUGGUUCACGCCAUGCCAGUUAUGACGUGCUUCUGGGGCCUCUUCCCUGGCUCCCCCCACCGUUGCCCCGGUCCUGGCCCUUCCCAGCACCCCUUUGCUUGGUACCACGGCCGGUCAGCCCUGUUAUGUUCUCUCUGCUGGACUCUCCGCGUUUUUUCCUGACUGCAGUCUCUGUUAGACUUUGUACUCAGAAGUCAUAAUUACCGUUUUCGCUCUCGAUGGCCCUAUGCUCCAGAGACGGGCAGCGGAUGCACCUCCCGUCCUCUCAGUCUCCCAGGUGAGCGUUUGGCGGCCUUUGGCCGGGGACCAGCAGGAAAUGCUUUGAGGCUGAGCUGCCGUGCCGAGCCUUCCGCUAGGUCGCCUUUGUAAGAGGCGCAUUCAGCUGGUUUGAAAAUGGUGGCCAUCUUUGUUGAGGUAGAGUUUCUACGUACAAGGAGAGGGAGAGGACGGCAUCUCUGGUCUGUUUAUGGUUAGCAGAUCUUUUUCCACUAUAUAUAUAUAUAAAUAAUAUAUAUGUAUAUAUAUAUACUGUAUAUUAUACAUAGAAGCACUAAUGAAGUUUGAUUGUUAGUUGUGCAAACUCACAGCAUGAGGUAUUAACCCAGAAAUGCUUAUCAGACCAAUGCCGUAGCGUCUGCUGAUGCCCAAGCCCCUCCGUGACCCCGUCCGGACCCCUCCGUGACCCCUGACCCCGUAACGCCAGUGUUUAUUCUGUGUUCCAAGUGCCAAUAACUUUGUGAAUUCUUAACUGUGACCCAAUAAUUAAGAUAAUUGCACAUUAACUACUGUAAAGAGAGGGAAAAAAAAAAUCAAAGAAAAAAAAUCUGUAUCUUAAUAAAAGGUUUGUAACAAA